AGAAAAAACUACAAUUCCCAGGAGACCAUGUGCGGGUGUUGUGACGUAAGGGGCACUCAAAUCAGUCGACGUCAUGGCAUUCGUGACCACAUGAUUGUGUGGACGUGCGGCGCGAGGGAGACGGAGCUGGAGAGUGACCGGAGAGUGGACGUUAACCGGGGGCCGGAGAGCGGAGGCCAGACAUUAACCGGGGGCCGGAGAGCGAAGGCCAGACGUUAACCGGGGGCCGGACAGUAGCCGGGGAGCGGAGCGGACAGUGAGUGGGUCCGCGGUGUGUGUGCUGAGGGGCGGGGACGUGCUCCCUCAUCCCGGACCAUGCCGGGGGACAAGAUGGCCUCCUCCCUCAUCCAAAAGAUCGCCCGCCAGGCCCGCAUCACCUUCAAGCUGCUGCCCCUGGCGGAGGCCGGCCCCUUUCACGACAACCUGAACCGGCUCAGCUCGAUGCUGGAGAAGGUGCAACCCGAGGACCUGAACCUGGGGCUCAGGAGGAGCCAAGGCCCCCGGCACGGGCCCCCGGUCACCUACAUGCACAUCUGCGAGACCGAGUACUUCUCCAUGGGGGUCUUCCUGCUGCAGAGAGGAGCCUGUAUCCCGCUCCACGACCACCCGGGGAUGUACGGCCUACUCAAGGUGCUCUACGGCAAUGUGGCCAUCAAAUGCUUCGACAAGGAGGAGGGGGAGGCCGAGCCUGCGGCUGGAGUCGGCCCGCCCGGUGUCCAGUUCAACCCGCCCUUGCUGCAGUGCCAGCAGGCCGCCCUGCGCCGCUCCUUGCGGGGCUCCACCGAGAUGUUGGGCCAGGCGAGCAGGCCCUGCCUCCUCACCCCGCUGCACAGCAACAUGCACCAGAUCGACGCGCUGGACGGGCCCGCCGCUUUCCUGGACAUUCUGGCCCCUCCUUAUGACCCAGAUGUGGGCAGGGACUGUCACUACUUCAAGGUGCUGCAGACUGUGUCCGAGAGCCCGGGGAAAGCCAAUCCGCCUCCCCCUCCGGAACAGGAGGCCGUGUGGCUGCUGGAGGUGCCGCAACCUGCCGACUUCUGGUGCGGCGGAGAGCCUUACCCUGGUCCCAAGGUGGACCCUGAUCGAGAAGCUGGCCAGAUGGAAUAGUAAUGUACUCAUUUACUGUGCAUAACCCUUCACCGUCUCUUCCUCAGACCCCACACUUCUUUGCAUGCUUAGUGCUCUUUAUUGUUGCAGAGUCAGUACUGUCUUAGUAACUUGGUCCAAAAACUGACAAAAAAAACUCUACUGGAGAGAAAAGGAAACUUUGUGUGCCUGGACCAUUCUGGUUAAAAGUGACAGAAGUGUCUAUUCGUUAACACGUUUUAUCUUGAUAACGGAUCGGCCCAGCUUUCUCUUAAGAUUGUGGGUUGCGAGUCUAGCACUUAAUUCGUAAACAUCCCGAUGGUUUUAUUGACGGUGCAAUCUGUCACUUAUCAGACCUUGUGUUUGGAUGGAAUACAAACUGUAUAAAUGUGCCCCCACUCCCACCAUUAUCUCCCCCUUCAGAAGUGGUGAUUAAUUUUCUCGUUUUUCAAGAACGUACAUAGUUUUUGAGAACAUGGGUUAUUUGUUUUCUUGGUAAGAACAAAACACUAUUGGCAGCAAAAUACUGUUAAGUCAGUUAUUUCUUGUAUAUGUGUGUAACCAAAUGUGUUUUCAUGCAGAACUCUGUUUAAGUGUUUUCCAAAGCAGUCGCCAAUCUGAACUUGACAGCCACCAGAAGGUACAGGCUAGCAAACGUCUUAUACGUUUGUCACUUCACUUCUAACUAAUUGCUCCAGAAUCUUCCCUUCCUCCAACCCUUCCCACCAAAGCACCGCUCCAUUGUUUUCCUUGCCUUUGUUAGAUGUGCAAACAUAUUUGGCGCAAGUCUUUUGCGAAAGGGAGUCAUUGGGAGUUCAAUGCCCUUAGUGUUUUCCAGCAGUAGGAGCCUGAGUUUGUCUUGUAUAUUUACUGUGAUGCUACGUCAGAUGCAUUAUCAGAGAGUCUGUUUGCACUGUGGAUUCCAAAAUGCUGACCUUAGCACACAAUCUAAUCAACACAAUCUCAGUUAUUCAGACAGCAUCUGGAAAUAUAAAUUGUUGGGGAGCAGUGGUAAGGAAGAAAUUCUCACUGACAAGGUCCAUAAAUCUACUGAAAUUGCAAGUGUUUAUCGUAUGGAGCGCCUAUAGGAGCUGCUUUUGUUUGGCUCUGUAAAAACUUCUCCCUCAUUAUUGACACUCAUAUAGUGGCUUGAUUUUCAAAAGCGACGUCUCAAUAGGUUUGGCGAUAAGCAUUUGGCACAUUCAGUAUGAUGACUGUGACUGCACUAUGAAGUUCUGCUUUAGAAUUAGUUGUCAGGAUUUCUUUACAUGUAACUUUUUUUUAAAAAAUGCUGGGAGCUGGAUUUUCUUGUAAAUCCAUGAUACAACACUGUCUACUUAGAGUGACUGCCCUUACAUAAAUUGUAAAAACUAAAUGUAGCCAUAAGAGGGAAACAUAACCAAAGGCUAACUUUAUAACCAGCAACACCCUAAGAAGCAAAGGGCUGAGGUUUUCAGAUUCAUGUUGGCCUUAAUUCUCAAACACACCGCUUCAAAUAUGGUGUCCAAUAAAAUGGCCAAUAUGUCAUUUGCCCACCCCACCAAUGGCCAGCUUAAAAAUCCUGCACCACGUCAGAUGUUCCCUUUUCAACCCAUACAUGCCGGAAGCAGUUCAGAUUUGAAUUUGCAGCAUUGUACCGCUUUACAGCUCGAGUAUGAUUCUCUGUGUGCCUCUCCCCAUAAUAAAAUGUUCCCUUUUUGAUUUACUGAGUUCUGCAUUAUUAGAAAUAUUUUUUAGUUAAAAUAAUGCUCUAUCCUUGGAGGAAUGGAAAUAAUUUUUUGCAGAAUCUGUGAAAUUGAAGGAAGAUGGAAGUGAGACUUAUUUAAAUAAGCUGCAAAGUUGUCAUUUCAGAAUGGUUCAGUUUUGGUGUAAGCAUAGCAUUAUGUACAAGAUGUGCAGGUAGUUUUGCGUGCUGUGGUUCUAUAAUCUUCAUAAUGCAAUGUAUUAGGUACCCAGUCUGCACUGACCUUUGUGGCUUCAUUUGAAAAUACAGGUGUAGAAAAAAAUGUUUAGCCAUUUAAUUUCAUUCAGUGUUGUGAGUAAAAUGAGGUGUGUAAAAUAUGAUUUCUGAUCCACUUAGCUGACUGAAUUAUGCUGUUUGCUUUGGUGGAAUGAAAAUCAUAUUUAACGUUUUAUGUAUUAUCCUUUGUACCAUUUCAAAAGUAUAUGGCAGAGGCUAUUCAGUUUAUUAGAAAAUAUUCUUAUGAGCAAUAAAAUGUAUUUUGAUUUUACUGAUGCUGUAUUCUUCAAAAUGUUAAUACUGCAACUUUAAACAUGAAAAGCAUUGUGCUAAAUUCAAUACGGUCACCCAUUUCAUAACUUCUUACAAAUUCGCAAAGAUUAAUUCUCCCACCUUGGCAACACAGUAACAAUAUUGGCUGUUGCCAGAUAGUAACUAAAGCGCUGUUGGCACAAAGCCAUCUAAACACCGGAGGUUUUCACCCAAACCACUCAAGCUGAGCACACAAACCAAAUGCAGUGUUGGGUUAACCGCCAGUAUAAGAAAGUACAGACCAGCUCAAUGUAGACCCAUUUUCCAGGCAAACCAUACUGUGCAAAAAGCAAGUGAUUCACAUUAUUGGCUGGUCAGCUGCCUCAUUAGACUUUCAAGUGAUGAAUGUAAGUUCAGGAUUUAGGAAAUAAACACUUCUGCUUCAGUAAACUUUUAUGCUAUCAGUAAACACUUGGGUGAGGCCUAGCCAACAAAAACUUCACUCUGCACUGAAGCAUCAUAAUUUUUGCAUAGUUGAAAGACAGCUUAUUUUAAUACCUGUGUAGUGAUCAGAAGACAAGCACUUAAGAGUUAGUAUGGUACAAAGAUAUCAUUUGGUACCUUGAAAUUAUGCAAAGUUUCUAAGAUAAAUUUGGUUAAGUUAUAAUAAGAGGCAUUAUCAAUUUUCUUGAAUUAAUGUAAGACUUUUAAUGGCAAGCUUUGCACCCAGCACAUACUUGAGAACCCAUUGCACAUCCUGGCCUUUGAGUGUCAACUUGGCUCAGUGGUAGUUUUUAUAGUCCUGAAUGAGAAGAUCAUAGGUUUAAGCAUAUUAUCCAGGGAGUGCUGCACUGCCAGAGGUACCAUAUUUCAGAAUGAGAUAUUAAACAGACCCCCACCCCCGUCUGCUCUAGGUGGGUGUAAAUAUUUGAAGAAAAAGAGCAAGUUUCUCCUAUCCUGGACAACACACAUCCCUCAACCAUCAAAUUAAUUGGUCAUUUAACUUGUUUUUGGGGCCUUUCUGUAUGGAUGUUGACUGUCAAUUUGCCUAUAUAACUGCAAGUGCAGUUGAGAAGUGAUUGAUUAACUAAAGUACUGAGUUAUCUUGACAAAGGUACCCCACACGUGCGAAAUGGUUCAUUCAUUUUGUGGCAACAGAAUUGGAAAUAGAGCCUUUCAGUUUAUAGUGCUUGUAUUUUAAGCAGAUGAUUUUGAUUCUGAUCAAUGGCAGUCACUCAAAUUUGCCUGUUGCAUCUGAUGUCCUAAUUCCUACUUGCCCCACCUAAAUUGUUAGAUCUGCAGUGUUUUCUCCUGUGUGCAUGGUCAGUUGCUCCUAUAAUCAAGGUUUUGCUGAAAAAAGAGAGGUGCAGUCGAAGCUUUUUGUCUUGCACUCAAACGUAACAUAUAGAUACAGCACAGAUUCGUGAGGAUAUCAAAUGUAAAGGGAGCAACAAGUUAUACUGCAUGACAAGAGUGCUGAUUGGUUGUCAGUAGACGCUGGUAGAGGUGUUGUCAUGGCAAGUGAACUAAGGAACAGUUAGCUGCCAAGCUUUUGUUUAAAUUCAAUCCAGGCAGGCUGAUUCCAAUUGGUCAAGGCAUUGUCAUGGAGAAUGAACCACAGAAUGGCUGUGUCCCAAACUUUUGUUUAGUUGAAAAAGGCAAAUGCUUGGACGUGCUCUUUCUGUUUGCAAAGGACAGAGCUGUGUGUGUGAAUAUAUGUAGCUUCUGGCACGCAUCAGAGAGCCACACUGCAAGCCCAAAUGAUAAAUUUGUUGUCAGUGUAAUUCUUAGCACAAUCGGGACUGUGCAGCAAGUGCUGUCCAAUCGCAGAAUCACUUCUGAUAUUUGAUACUAAUGUUUUUGAGUUUUGUGGCACAGGCAAUCAGUACUUUGUUCUCUGGUGCAUUCUUCAUUGCAGUGCCUCUACCAAUCAGUCAUUUGGCCAACCAAGCAGCACCCUCUUCUCAUGCAGCAUAAAUUGUUGUUCCUUUUAGAUUUGGUAUUCUUGUGAAUCUGUCCUGAUGAGUGCAAGAUGGAAAACUUCCAACAGCAAGCCUUUUUUUUUUCAGCAGUACUAAAGUUCUGUACUACCAAACAACUAUUUAGAUCAACGUUUCAUGCUUGACCCCUGCCUAUUCCUCAUCUAUAUUAUCCAUUACUUGGGGUCAGCUCUUGUGUGCUGAACCCUUAACAUCUCUGUCAGAGAAUUAAUAUCAGAUCGUAGUUACAGUGGCUGAAGCUAUUCCAGCUUGUGCCAGGAAUAUUGAAAGCCCUAUUGCAUUCUUCCUCUGCUUAAACCGAACCUAGUAAUACACACCCUAGGUGUUUGGAUUAAUCCUACUCUUCAGCAGUAAAAGCAACAAUUUACACCUCCAACUUUGCUGCCUUUGUCCCAGCCUCAUUCCUUGAUGCUUCUAAAUCACUCAGCCAUAUCUCCAGGCUCAGAUGGUGCAGUCGUUUCUACUUAAAAAUAAAAGUCUUGAGCAAGUCCCAGCACAUUGUGACAAAUCUAAAUCUUCUGUAUUCAGUCUUGUACAAAGUCAUUCUUGCUGCUCCAGUUCUUGGCAGCCUUCACACGUUCAUGGUCUCCCAGUGUACUCAUUUCAAAGUCUUUGGCCUUGUGUAUAAAACUCUUCAUGCUUCAACCCCACAUUGCCUCUGCAACUGAAGCAGCCCAAUGUUCCUGUUUGUAUCAUCUGAUUCUCUGACUUUAACUUGCAGCAUGACCUCUUCCUUCCCAGCACCAUCUGUGGCAAAAUCUAACCAUCACAGCUUUGCAUUCUGAAAUUAGCUCCCUAAACUCGUCCAUGUCCCUUACAGCUCCCCUAUCUUUCCCAUAUUACAACAGUAACUGCACUUCAAAAGUACUUCAUUGGCUUUCAAGCAUUUUGGGAUGUCCUGAAGCUAUGAAAGAUGCUAUAUAAAGGAAAGCCUUUAUUUUCUUUUGAAUACAUUUAAGUAGCAUCACAACUUUCAUGUGGUUUAAAGACGAUUAUUUUGAAGUCCAGUGAUUAUAAAGUGGACAGCAAUGUCCCACAAAUGAGCUGAAUGAAGUGUCAACCUGUUAUUGUCCUUCAGUCACCUUGUGUUAGUCCAUGCUCUGUUUUAAGUAUUUUGGGGUGUUCUGCUAUGUAACUACUGUAUAAGUGAAAGCUCAUCUUCCCCUCAGUUCCUCUUGACUGUCAGACAGAGAUUUUAUGGUUUUCAAAUGUUUCACCUUGGGAGCUUAUAUGACACCGUGUCUGUUGGAGGAAAGGGUUUUGUAAGGGGGUAUACUGGACAAAACUGUCUUCUGAAGCCCACCUGCUUUUCUGCCUUACAAUCUCCUUCCUGGUCUUCAGAAGCAUCUUUAAGACAUCUUAGAUCAUGAUUUUGUCCUGCUGCUGACCCUAUCUUUUGUUCAGCUUCUACCCCUUCCACCAUCCCAGUAAACGUUUCUUUGUAAGUAAAGAACACUAAAGAAAUGAGUCGUUUUGCAAAAAAUAUAAACUUAUAAAUAUAAAUUGAACAGCUCCAACAGGUGAAAAUAUACUGUGCCUGGCACAAACCAUUGUUAUAGUUUAAAUGAAUAAUAUGGGUAUAACUGGUUCUGAUCUUUUCAUAGAUGUAGGUUUUAUUGAAAAGUUAACUUUGAUUAAAAAUGUUUCUAAAAAAAAUUCUGAACAAUUUUUACUCUAUUUUAACGCAUGUAUGUUUCCUAUUGGGAAAUGUCAACUAAAAUCAAUUGGCUAGUAAUGGAAUGAAAAAUAAAUUUGAGGUUGUUUCAGCUGCACAGCCUUUUGCUUAGAAUGGUUUAUUUGGUUUUCAUUUAACCAAGUGGUAAAUUGGAGUCUUGAUGUAGCAUAUUUCAAACAUUACCUGAUUGUUAACUCAAGGAAUCAUACCAAUCAGUAUUCUGGGCCAAUAUCUUGGCCUCGGUGUCCAUGAAAGUAGUCUCAAUUUACCGUAGUUCAGAAUCUGUGAAAUUCUGUAACCGUGUGCAGUAAAAUCUAUUCAGGAUAUCAAUAUUGUUAAAUGUAUAACAAUUGCACUGUGUAUAUCCAAGGUUUAUGUUAAAUAAAUAAGAAUACAAAUCACA